AUGAAUGAUUUCACUAGUUGCUCAGCCAAGAAACAGUAUUCGUGUGACGUUUGUAAUAAAUCCUUUACUUCUAAAAGCGGCUUGACUACACACCAGCGGAUGCAUACGAAGAAGAAACUUUACCCGUGUGAUGUCUGCGUCAAGUCAUUCAGUCAAAGUGGCCAUCUGACAACACAUCGACGGACCCACACAGGCGAGAAACCAUAUGCGUGUGAUGUAUGCGUAAAAUCAUUCAGUGAAUGUGGCACAUUGAAGAAACAUCGACGUACCCACACAGGAGAGAAACCAUACGACUGCGAUGUAUGCGACAUGUCGUUCAGUCAAAGUGGGACAUUGACGUGUCAUCGACGAACCCACACGGGUGAGAAACCAUACGCGUGGGAUGUAUGCGACAUGACUUUCAGUCAAAGUUGCAAUUUGACAACACAUCGACGGACCCACACAGGAGAAUUCUGA